AUGAAAACCGUCAUCUUCUUGUCAUUUGUGGCCUCCACAAUCCUCGCCUUCCCUCCACCACCACCUCCAGGUCCUCCUCCACCAUUCCCCCCAGGACCUCAUGGACCUCCUCCAGGUGGACCGUUCUGGAUGAUUUUCCGCGACCUCAAUGAAUCCCAGCAAAAAGAGUUGACCUCGAUUCUGGAGAAAAACAGGGACUCCAGCAAGAAGGUGUUCAAAGAGGAGCUCAACAAGUUCAAGAGCUCUUUGCCCGAGGACCUGCAGAACACGUUGAAGGUGGAGAAGGACAAGUUCGACAAUUUUAAGAAGGAAAUCGACCAAAAGGCCGAGAAAAUGAGCACCGAUGCCAAGGCGUUGUUCGAUCAGCUCAAGAAGAUUGUCGACGAUGAUUCGUUGAGCUUCAAGUAAGCCCACACCAAAAAUUUUUUUACAGGGGAAGGCUUAAUACUCCAAGUGCGACGCUCAGAUUUUGAUGAAACUUGCCGCAAAUUUACAGGGUGUUUCAAGAAAUUUGGCAGAAACUAAUUGCGAAUAUCUUUGAGCUCUUGCUAGUUAUCGCAGAAAUUCUUUUUGUUUCUAAAACUUGAUAACGGGCGGUUUUGUACUGAACAAAGAAAAAUUUUUUUCGUCGGCGGAGAGGCCAGUUCUCGGCGGAGACAUUUGGGGCCUUUUUUAAAAAUCACACCUUAUUACAUGGUGGAAACUCUGUUACAAUGGCCAAAAUCAUGUUUACGUUAAACCUCCGUGGAUUUUACGGUAUGCUUUUUUUUGUUUUCGAUUUUCGCUCAUCCGCGGAGGCACGGCGGAGACCUCAGGUUUCGGCGGACGUCGUUUUGACUCUUUGGAUCAUUCAAUUCAGGUUGGAAAAAAGUGUGGGGUGAUUUUUUGUUGUCAUCCGAUGCACAGAUGCAAAAAUUUCGCACUUUUUUUCCCCGGCGGAGGAUUCGGCGGAGGCUUUAUCAAAGGGUCAGAACAGUCUUAGGAGUCCGGGAAAAAAACUCAGCUACAAGAAUCCAUAACAGCAACAUCAUUUUUCUUAUUUUUUGGUUCGGCGGACACAUCGGCGGAGGAUUCGGCGGAGGCUUUAUCAAAAGAGUCAAAGUUUUAUUUUGACCCUUUGAUAAAGCCUCCGCCGAAUCCUCCGCCGGGGGAAAAAAGUACAAAAUUUUUGCCAUCUGUGCAUCGGAUGACAACAAAAAAUCGCCCAACCUUUUUUCCAACAUGGAUUUGCAAAAACCGAGGGCCCAAAACAAAGUCCGCCGAAAUCUGAGGUCUCCGCCGCGCCUCCGCGGAUGUUGCGUAAAAUCGAAAACGCAAAAAAAGCAUACCGUAAAAUCCACGGAGGUGUAACGUAAACAUAAUUUUGGCCGUUGUAACAGAGUUUCCACCAUACAAUAAGGUGUGAUUUUUAAAAAAGGCCCCAAAUGUCUCCGCCGAGAACUGGCCUCUCCGCCGACGAAAAAAAUUUUUUUUUGCUCAGUACAAAACCGCCCGAUAUCAAGUUUUAGAAUCAAAAAGAAUUUCUGCGAUAACUCCCAAGAGCUCAAAGAUAUUCGCAAUUAGUUUCUGCCAAAUUUCUUGAAACACCCUGUAGAAUAUUUUUUCUAGGAUAUAUGCGAGAAUCCUAGCUCGCGCUUUGCAGAAACUACCGAGAUUUUUUAGAUUGAAAGUUGGCGAAAAUUUAAGACCUUUUGCCGGAUUUCGGCACGAAAAGUUUCAUGCCUAUUUUUACUAUAGAGGAUAAUGUUUCUACAAAAAAUCAAAUUUUUCCGCACGAAACUGCCAAAGUUAUGGCCAAAAAGUGGUUUUCUCUUUAACCGCUCUCUACGUUUAGUGUGCUUUUUCGGCGGCAAAGCUUGUUUAAUAUCUCGGAGGCACCCGCAAAGCGCGAGCUAAAACUCUCAGGAAUUGAUAUUUAGUUUAUUCCCGACGUGUGUGCAAAAUUUAAAGAAAAUCUGAGCGUCGCACUUGGGGCACUUCCCUUGGUAGCCGUAGAAUUGUCAUCAAAAAAUUAGUCCCACUCAUCCCGAGAUUCUUUCAGAGAAGAGUUCGAAAAGGCCAGAGAAGUCAUCAAAAAGGCGGACAAGUCUGUACUCGACGAGUUCCGCAAGAACCGCGUCCCCCUUCCCGGCAGCCCUCCACCUCCACCACCUCCACGAGGAGGACCGUUGGGCCCCCUCUAUCACAAAUUAAGUCAAGAGCAACAAAAACAAUUGGAUAAGAUUAUGGAAGAAGGAAGAUCCAAGACCAAGAAAGAGGCCAAAGACGCAAUGGACAAGUUUGUCGAUGGCUUGAGUGAGGAGUUGAAGAAGGAGGCGGCUGUGGAGAAGAAGAGACAUGAGGAAUUCGAGAAGGAGAUCAAGGAGAAGGUCGGGAGAUUGAGUGCUGAUGCGCAGAAGGUCCAUAAAGAAAUGGAGGUGAGAGGUUUUAAAUUUGCAAAUUGAGUCUAUUAGGGUGAACCAAAAAAGUUUCCGAUUUUUUAUUAAAAAAUUUUAACAUAAUUUUACACCAAAUGAAAACCGGUUAAAUUUCAAAGUAAAGGCCAGUUGACCAACGGCUAUUUUGCCCAAAAACUGCAACUUUAAGCUCUUCCCUUCCAUUAUUUAAAUUAAAAGAAACUUUUUCCAGGAUAUCAUGAAAGACGACACCAUUACUUUCGAGCAAGAUCACGAGAAAAUGAAAGCCCUCUGGGAUCGAACUGACAAGAAAAUUAUCGACGAAUUCGCUCAAGCCCACAUCCCAUUGCCCGGCCUGUUCCCACCCCCUCCACCAGGGCCAUUCGGACCUCAUCCAUCAGGCCCAUUUCCACCACCUCCACCAGGUGCCUUCCCUCCACCACCUCCACGAUUCUAG